AAAUAAUACCAGGUAAGAUAGGGUGUCACAUCUGCUAAAGGCGGCUGCUGUUGAAAAGCAUACGGCGUGCGCCUCGAUUCCCAUUGGCUAACGACUCGUGGCUGCAGAUGCUACGUUACCCCCACCGCUUCUUCUACCGUAUACUUUUCUCACUGUCGCAGCCGAGUUUUGUUCAGUUGAAAACUCAUUCAGGUAGGGUUAGUGUUGUGUAUCUGCACAAAUUUUAGUUAUUUCUAGUCGUUCAAAUUUUCUUCCUAUGGAUAAAGGACUGUUUUCGACAUUUCGUGUGUGUUUUUGAAUAAAAACUUUUGUGUUUUGUGACUGAUGGGGAUACAAGAAAACAAAGCUUGCAACUGCAAAAGUGUUGAAACUAAGGGAGAAAAUAAAUUUUCACCGCUGAAAGGAAAAAUGAAGGUCCUAAAGAAAAUUAAAAGGCGCAUGGGAUUAGCCUCCCGUUCAUCAUCAAACGGUGGUACAAACAAUCUACCCCCUUUAUUAUUCCACAACGUCCACGGUGAAAAUAUUAGAAUUUCAAGGGAUGGUACUAUUGCAAGGCGCGUCGAAAGCUUUUGCAAAGGGAUAGCUUUCAGUUCGAGACCAGUUAAAGUUAAUGAGAAGGUUUGUAUCAAGUUCUUGGAGAUUUCCAAUAAUUGGUCGGGGGUGAUAAGAUUUGGUUUCACUUACAACGAUCCAACUAGCCUUCGAUAUGGUCUGCCGAAAUAUGCCUGCCCGGAUCUUACCAAUAAACCAGGAUAUUGGGCUAAAGCUCUUCCCGAACGUUUCUGUAGCCAAGGCACCAUACUUUUUUACUACGUAACUUCCACUGGUGACGUCCAUUUUGGUAUAAACGGGGAAGAAAAGGGGAUUUUCUUCAGUAGUGUCGAAACCAGAGGUCCCUUAUGGUGUUUAAUCGACGUAUACGGAAAUUCUACGGCAAUAGAAUUUGUUGAUGUUAGACAUCAAUUGAACAACUCAUCCAGAUAUAAUGCAACACCGAACUGCGAUAAUAGACAAGACGUCGCCGAUAGAAUAACGUAUCCAAUGCAGCAGAUGUCAAUUCAAUCUAACGAAGAAAUGACUUUACCAUUACUCCGAUACCAACCCGCGCAUUUCAACUACCAAGCGAUGCCGUUACAUAGAACUAGAGGUAGAAACGUUAAAUUCAUGACAAAUAACCGAAGCGUUGCUUUCAGAUCGGACACGGAAUUCUGCCAAGGUUAUGUAUUCACUUACAGACCUUUACAGAUUGGAGAAAGAAUAGUAGUACAAAUUUUAGGAACCGAACCGAUGUUCCAAGGUUGUUUGAGUAUAGGAUUGACUUCCUGUGAUCCAGCUCUACUUACCCAAACAGACCUUCCCGACGAUUCCAAUUUUUUAUUGGAUAGACCAGAAUAUUGGGUAUUGAGUAGAGAUUUCGCCAGAAAUUUAAACAAAGGAGACGAAAUUAGCUUUUCCGUAUCACUUAACGGAGAAGUACAAAUUUGUAAAAACCACGGAGCUCCUCUAGUUAUAAUGCACGUUGAUCAAUCUCUGAGAUUAUGGGCGUUCUUCGACAUAUACGGAUCCACCCAACGGAUCAGAGUUUUAAGUAGCACCACUCCGAUUUCGCCGACCAGAAAUCCAGAAAGAAGAAUCAUAACACCCACCAGCGAAUCCAUGAACAGUAUUAAUAGUCAAUCGGAAAUUCGUAGAAACACCGCUAUGCAAAAUUCAAAUUCGAGAUUAUGUUGUGUAGCACCCGCCGAUAUCCAAGUUCAACCUAGCGCUAAUGGCGGUACUGUUUUGUCGGUUAUUCUACCUCCCGCGCAUGCGAGUAUCAUCAGUACGGCUGCUCCGAUUCCAACGACUCAUCACCAACACCAUUCUUCUCAAAAUUCAGUCAAUAAUCAUCCUAGUCAACAUAAUUCAUAUCCUGGGCAUUCGACUCAAUCUGCAGUGUCUCCAAGUACGGUAAUGGCACCUAUUCCUACUUCAUCCAAUUUACCUACUGGAACUAUGAUGUCCACAUGUAGCAGUAAUUACGUAGAACCCAUCUCGGAUUCUAGUACAUAUUCGACUCCGUUGUCUUGGGUUGAACAAAAUGGUACCACGAUUGGUGCAGGAGUAGAAUGUACAAUUUGUUAUGAACACCCUAUAGACGCAGUGCUUUACAUGUGCGGGCACAUGUGCAUGUGUUAUGAAUGCGCUCUGCAACAGUGGCGUGGAAAAGGAGGUGGGCAUUGCCCCCUUUGUAGGGCGGUUAUUAGAGAUGUGAUUCGAACAUAUAAAUCGUAGGACAUAUUUUUAUAAGAUCAGAUUUUACUAAACAAAAAUGAUCGGUUGAAUGUUCUGUUUGUUUUUUAGUAUCAAUUUUUAUGUUUGAUUUCAAAUUCCUUUGAUCUUCUUCAUCAGAGUUGAUUUAUUUCUUAUUAAUUUAGUGAAAUCUGAUCAGUUGACCAAGGGUUAAAUUGUUACCUGUAGUUUGGACAUUGUUGAACAAUUUUUUUAGACGACUAUGUGUCUGAAGUGACUAGUGCUUCCAAAAAAAACAUAUUAGAGAACUUUACUGCCUAAAGCUCGUGUUGUAAAAAAGACUGAAUUUGUUGAAAAAUAUUUUUGUGUCCCAAACUAUAUUUUUUAUCUGUACUACUACAAAGUUGCUUGGAUAUUAGAAAACUUCAAAUUCCAUCGGAUAAAAACAUAUAUUUAUUUGAAUAAUAUACAGUGAGUUUACUAAACAUACAAAUUUAAAUAUAUAUCGUACCUGAUAAGUCUGCUGAAAGCGGAUAGAACAUGUAAAUAAUGAAAUUCAUAUAUUUUUUAAAAAAUUCUUAUUCAUAGAAAAUUGUCAGAUCAAAUUGUUACCAUUCACCACAAUGAUCGAUUCUACUGUAACUAUUUAUUCAAAUUAUCCCCACAAGUGAAAUCAAAGUUCCUUAAUUUGGUUAACAGUUAUAUUAUUUUGGGCCACCCAUUGUAUAUAUUUGCCAAAUGCUAACAUAACUUCUUUGUUCUAUCCUGAUACCAAUUUGACUACCAUAGUCAUCAAGUUUCUCUUAUUAUGCCGGUUAAAAUCAUAUCAGAUGUUUCCUUACACAUUGUUUUGUCUAAUCUGAUUGUUUCUAUUACUGUUGGAUAAUUCUUUAGAUAGUUUCUGAAUGCCAAAUUUUAUUCCAGAAUUUUUUUAUAAUGUGGAUACUCACAUUUUUCUGAGUAUUAUCUAAAGAAAGUCCAACAUAUGGUCAGAAUCAAGUAAAACAACAUUUUUUUGAUCAUAUUUUUAUCUGUAUUACAUAUUGGUAUAUCGACUGUAGUAAUGUCCAAUUUGGACAUCAAAACAAUAUGUAAAUGUUGUCAAUAUCACUGGAUAAAUUUACUGAGUAUUUUGGAAAGUAGUUGUAAUAUUAUUACUCAUAUUACAAAUAAUCUUUAUUUUGGCGUGGAUGAUUUUUCAUCAAUAUUCGAACAAGUUUGGUGCCACGUUUUUCUCAUACUAUGGGACCCAUCAACGUUCUGAUUUUUUUCUACUUAGAUCUAACCUUCAUAAACACCUCUCUAGAAUUUCAGCUCAAUGCUUCUAUUAUUUUGGCAUGUAAUUAUCUUUGGUAGCUAAUCAAAAAUUGGUAUAUAAAUUCCAUUAUUCUUCUAAAAAGUGUGAAGAAAUGUAUAGCAAGACAAAGUAUAAUUGCUCAUAUCAACUCCUUUUAUUUUCCAUAUUACAAAUGGCACAAUCUAUCUUUGAAACCAUUCAGUAAAUAUUCCUUUUGUGAUUCAUAGUAGCUUCUAUCCUUUAUAAAAAACUGGAAUAUUGGAUUAUUCAAAGUUUAUGGCUACAAACUUGUAACUAACGCAGAGUUUGAGCUUAUGGCAUCUAGUGGUAAGCUGCAUUAUUAUUAAAUAGGUUGCAUUGUAGUGGAAUGGUGGCGACAUAUGUUAAAAUGAAAUGUAGUAAAGUUCAAUCCGAUAUAUGUAGCAUGAAUAAUUUAUUUUGUUAUUUAUAUGAAAAAAUUUUCUUCAAUCCAUCCAUAUUAACAAGUUCCUAAAGAUAUCGCCUAGUUCAAAUUAUCUAAUUUUUGGUAAAAUUAUUUGUCGAAAUUUGGGUUUUAUAAAUAAUGUUCAAGCAACGUUGUCAAUAUUGUGAAAGUUACUUCGUUUUUCUGUCAAAUAUAACCAAAGAUGGACUAAUCUCGAGUUUAUGAGAUUGUCUGCGUUUGCGAUGGAAAAAUUAGUCAUUCUAUCGUGCUCCACAAAAAUCAGUGGAUAGUCAAUCUGUGACCACACAGUUUAAACUUAUUUAUUUAUUAUGUUUUAUCUUUUAGUUUGAAAAAAGUAUAUUAUUUACCAAAAAAACCUCCUUUAUUCUUUAUUUCACUCGUGUGUAUAUUCUCUGUGAUAAAGAAAAAAGGAUGUUAUAUUAAAAUUGAAAAAAAAGUUGUUACUGUUCGUGUACAUCCUAAUGUUUAUGAAAAAAAAAUUGACUACAUUCCUUUUAAACUUAAAUGGCCAGUUGUUAAAAUGAAAGUUGGCCCUUUGUCAAAAAUAUUUGGGGUUAAAAUCUAUUGUAUAUUAGAAUUUCUAGUCAUUUAAGAUUGUACUGAUUUAGUUCAACUUAGUUCAAUUAUUAUUAUAGUCCUUAAAUAAAGCGUUAUAUAUUAUAAAACUUAAAA